AUGAUCUCCCUGAUCAAAGACCACCGAGACGUCUUCGCGUGGUCCGCGGAUGAAGUGGUCGGAGUGCCACCCGAGCUCAUGACUCACCAACUCAACGUUGACCCGCAGGCCCGACCUGUGCGACAGAAACGAAGGCACUUCGGCCCCGAACGUAGCCAAGCCAUAUCGGAUGAGGUCGACAAGCUCUUGCCGGCCAAGAUGAUCCACGAGGUCCAAUAUCCCACCUGGCUGUCCAAUCCAGUCAUGGUAAAAAAGGACACCGGGGGAUGGAGAAUGUGUGUCGACUUCACCGACCUCAACAAGGCCUGCCCCAAAGAUUGCUAUCCUCUGCCAAGGAUAGACGCCCUCGUCGACGCGGCGAUGGGGUAUGAAAUCCUCUGCUUCCUAGAUGCCUUCAAAGGGUAUCAUCAAAUAGGAAUGAGUGAGGAGGACCAAGAGAAAACGGCGUUCUACACCGAACGAGGUACUUAUUGUUACACUACCAUGCCCUUCGGGCUAAAGAACGCCGGGGCGACCUACCAAAGGCUGAUCAACCGACUCUUCCAGAAUCAGAUCGGCCGCAAUGUGGAGGCCUAUGUGGAUGACAUCCUCGUUAAAAGCCUCGCCACUUCAUCCUUUCUGUCAGACGUGAGGGAAGUCUUUGGUGUCCUGCGAGACUCGAGGAUGAAGCUGAAUCCCAAGAAGUGCGUCUUCGGCGUCACCUCGGGAAAAUUCUUGGGGUAUCUGGUUUCCCACCGGGGAAUCGAGGCCAACCCCGACAAAGUGAAAGCCAUUCAGGACAUGUCCCCACCUCGGAACAUCCGAGAAGUCCAACGGCUGAAUGGACGCCUGGCCGCGCUGAAUCGCUUCCUGUCCCAAUCAGCCGAGAAAGCUCUGCCUUUCUUUAAGGUGCUGAAGAAUGCUGACCAGUUCGCCUGGACUGAGGAGUGUCAGGCUGCUUUCGACCAGCUGAAGCAGUACUUGCAUCACCUACCAACACUCGCUUCACCUCGGCCCGAGGAGAAGCUCUACCUCUACCUCUCCGCAGCCGACGAGGCUGUCAGCGCUGUGCUCAUCCGAGAUGAGGGCACCCAAGUGCCGGUCUACUACGUCAGCCGAGCCCUCCGCGGGCCGGAGACCCGAUACACGCAAGUGGAAAAACUUGUGCUGGGGCUCGUCCACGCAGCUCGGCGGUUGAAACCCUACUUCUUAGCCCAUCCCAUCUCGGUCAGGACCGACCAGCCCAUUCGGCAAAUAUUGGUGCGACCCGAAGCUUCUGGUCGCCUCACCAAGUGGGCUGUCGAAUUGGGAGAAUAUGACUUGUCCUACGAGCCACGCACCGCCAUAAAAGCUCAAGCUUUAGCUGACUUCCUUGCUGAGCUCACCUUCACGGAAGGUCCGGAGUCCACUUCAGCCUUACCCGAGGUGUCCACCUCAUCCCUGUGGACAUUGUAUGUCGAUGGAUCCUCUAAUGGAGACGGCUGCGGAGCCGGACUGCUCCUGGAAGGACCUCAGGGGGAGGUUUGCUCUUACGCCCUCCGCUUUGACUUCCCGGCCACCAACAAUGAAGCCGAGUACGAGGCUCUAAUCGCUGGACUCCAGCUAGCCCGCAAGCUCGGCGCCCAGCAAAUCCACGUCCGCAGUGACUCCCAGCUCGUGGUACGCCAAGUUAUUGGUGAGUACGAGGCCAAGGAUGAGACCAUGCAACGGUACCUCUCCAAAGUUCACCAACUCACCGCGUACUUCAAGUCAUUCGAAAUCCAAAGGAUCCCUCGGUCCCAGAAUAAGCGAGCCGACGCCUUAUCCCGGCUGGCUUCCACUUCAUUCUCUGACCUCAGCAAAACCGUCUUGGUGGAGGUCCUGAGUGAACCAGGGUACGUGGAAGAGGUGGCCUGCCCCGUGCACUCUGAAGAAACUUGGAUGACCCCGUUCAUCCUUUUCUUGGGUCAAGGAGUCCUUCCCGAAGACCGAGCUGAAGCAAGGAAGAUACAACGCAAAGCCGCUCGGUAUGCACUCCGCGAUGGAGAACUAUAUAAGCGCUCCUACCUCGGCCCAUGGUUGAGGUGUGUCACCCCCGAGGCAGGACGCGAGGUCCCCCACGAGAUCCACGAGGGCCUAUGUGGGGCUCACAUCGGCCACAGGAUGCUAGCUAAGAAAGCUAUGCUCCUGGGAUAUUUCUGGCCAUCACUUCGGCAAGACUCCCAGGACCUCGUUCUCGGCUGCCCUUCCUGCCAAGUCCACGCACCCGAGCACCACCAGCCUUCAAACUUCAUGGUCCCCAUCACUUCACCCUGGCCGUUUGAGCAAUGGGGGACAGACAUCAUAGGUCCCUUCCCCAAAGCCGUCGGGGGUUAUACAUUCUUAGUAACCGCUGUGGAUUACUUCACCAAGUGGGUCGAGGCCGAGCCACUUCGGACCAUCUCAGGGCUGGCCAUUCAAAAAUUCUUUUGGAAGUGCAUUAUCUGCCGCUUCGGCAUACCUCGGGUCAUCAUCUCGGACAAUGGGAGACAGUUUGCCGAGAACCCGUUCAAGACUUGGUGCGAGAACCUCGGCAUCAAACAACACUUCACUUCGGUAGGCCACCCCCAGGCCAAUGGUCAAGCAGAAAACUUCAACCGGACUCUUCUACAUGGUCUCAGGACCCGACUACACCGAGUUGGGUCAUCUUGGGUGGAGGAACUCCCCAGUGUCCUGUGGUCGUAUCGGACCACGCCGAGGUCAGCGACGCGAGAGACCCCAUUCUCCCUGACCUACGGCGCCGAGGCGGUCAUCCCGGCUGAGAUCCUUACCCCCAGCCCUCGGCUGGCAGCCUAUGCCGCCGAGGUGAACGACGAAGAGAGGCAGCUGGACCUCGACCUCGUCGAAGAACGAAGGAAUCUCGCCUCAGCCCGGAUAGCUUCUUACAAGAACACACUGGCACACUACUACAAUGCCCGCGUGAGACAUCGUAGAUUCCAACCUGGAGACUUGGUUCUUAGAAAAAACUCAGUCAGCCGAGCUGAACCGCAAGGGAAAUUAUGCCCGAAAUGGGAAGGCCCUUACCGAGUUGUGGAAUCUGACGCUAAGGGGUAUUGUAAACUGAGUUACCGAGAUGGCUCAUUAGUGCCGAGGUCUUGGCACGCCGAGAACCUCAGAUUGUAUUACGCCUGA